AUGAAUCUCCUGCACUUUUUCGCAGGCAGCGUGCUCGUCAGGCUUGCCUUUGCCCUCCCACAGCCCCAGGCAGGAAUCACCACUGCCGCCUCCGAGCUGUGCACGAAGACCGUAACGAGCCUCGGGAUUGAUCACACCGUGACCGACUACAAGAACUGGGCCUCCUCUGUCAACAGCGUUCAAGGGUCCGCAUCCGAGACGGGUUCCCAGAUCGCCGUCCACACCACCGCGUUCAACUUCCCCGGCCUCGGCCUUAUCACGGCCUACAACUUUGAGGAUUCGCACGUACUCACCUCGGCCGGUUACAAGAUCAUCAUCAACACCUACACGAUCACGGGAGCCUGCCCUACUACGACUGUGGUUAUUCCGCCCUCGCCAACAGCUGGCGAUUGUACACUCCAUGGUGACCAUUGGCAUUGCAGUUCCGUCAACCCCACUGAAACGGCUGCACCAACAUGCGUAGCUCACGAUGACCACUGGGACUGCCCAGCUGGUGUGCCAGAGCCAACCACCCCACCUCCAACGUCUACCUCAAUAUCGUCAGAUACCUCAACCACCGCUCCGAUAUCUGAAGGCGAAUGCGUGGCUCAUGGUGACCACUGGGAUUGCCCAGCGGGCAUUCCAGAACCAACAACACCACCUCCAACACCUACCUCGACAUCGUCAACUACCUCAACCACAGCUCCGAUAUCUGAAGGUGAAUGCGUAGCUCAUGGUGACCACUGGCACUGUCCAGAGGGCGUGCCAGAACCAACCACCCCACCUCCAACGAUUACCUCAACAUCGUCACCUACCUCGACCACCGCACCAAUAUCUGAAGGCGAAUGUGUAGCUCAUGGUAACCACUGGGACUGCCCAGCUGGCGUUCCGGAGCCAACAACGCUACCAGGAGGUGGAACUACGCCACCUGUCACUGGCGGUGAAUGCGUAUCUCAUGGCGACCACUGGGACUGCCCAGCCGGCGUGCCCGAGCCAACACCACCACCAGGAUAUGCACCAGGUGGAACCACACCACCUGUCACCGGCGGCAAAUGCAUAGCUCAUGGUGACCACUGGGACUGUCCAGCCGGCGUGCCCGAGCCAACAACACCACCAGGAGGUGCAACGGGUGGAACCACACCACCUUUCACCGGCGACGAAUGCAUAGCUCAUGGUGACCACUGGGACUGCCCAGCUGGCGUGCUGGAGCCUUCUACUCCACCAGGAUCUACGCCUACUGCCACGGCAAGUGAGACUACAUCAGGCGAGUGUGUUGCUCACGGCGACCACUGGCACUGCCCCGAUGGCGUUCCAGAGCCAACAACUCCACCGUCCGCUGUGCCUACCACACUCGCCACGUUGACGAACACGAACCCUUCCGCGACGACCACCAGCGUGCCUAUUUUUUCCGCCGCAGCUGCUGUGCCUAAUGGUCCUAUGUCGGCGAUUUUUGGUCUUGGUGCUGGAUUCGCUGCGCUGUUUGCUGUGUUGCUAUGA